AUGUUUGUUUUCUUACUAGGACUCAAGUGUGAUGAAUGUGUGGACAAAUAUUACAACCUUACGCGGGAUAAUUCAGAAGGCUGCAGUCCCUGUCAGUGUAACAAAGUGGGUCGUCUGAAUGAAAUCUGUAGUAAAGGCCCGAGUGGAAUGUGCAGAUGCCGGGGAAAUGCUAGCCUAAGCAACAAAAGGAAUUGUGAUCCUGUCUUUGAGCCGUUAAAGCUGAUUCCAGACUUUGGUCCAAUUUCUGGAAACACAACAGUUGCAGUCACUGGUAGACUGUUUGGUGAUGGAUCAGUAGUCACCUCAGAAGUGGCUGUUGGAUCAAUUGGUGCAUUCAAGCCAUUUACCUCAGUAUCUGAUGAAAGACUGACAUUUAUUACACCAUUUCAAAGCACAGUAGGAAAAGUUUCAGUAACCCUGCGCUGGGCUAAGGUGUAUGAAGUUGGAACAGAAAAAGAUUUCACAAAAGAGUUCCAGUUUGAAUACAGACCAAACCCUUCAUUAAAGCCAGACUUGGUCCAGUCAUUAAAAGCCUUUAAGAAGGGAGGAUGUAAAAUCCCCAUCAGGGGGACAAAUCUAGACAGUGUCAGUCAACCAAUGCUUAUUGUGUAUAAUGAGAGUGGAAUAAAACUUAAGACAGAGCAAUGCUCUGUUUCAAGCAGCACUGAAAUCCUUUGUAAUUCUCCAAGUGGAUUCAACCGGGAUACUGUUUUGAGAUUUGGCGUACAGUUAGAUGGCACAACAAUGUACGAAAAUAACAAUACUUUCCCAAAUGCACAGAUUAAAAUUGUUAAGGAUCCAGUGCCAACACAAGAGGUAGAGGAAAAACAGGAAUACAGGCCAAUCUUUGCUGUUGAACUGCAAAUUGAGGGCCAAGAGUUCACAACUGGUUGUGCAGAUUCAGAUUUUAAAGUGAAGUUAAAGGGGUCUUCCAAUAGUUACCCAUGCCUGAUAACAAGCCGUGAAAGGAACUUGAUUAAAUGUGAACCUGAUAUCGGGUUUCCUGGUGUAGAUGAGGAAGUUGAGAUGAUGUUAUACAUAGGAGGGCAUGAGUAUAAUAUACAGAGAGUAACAUUGUACAAGUUUUGGAGCACCUGGCAGUUCAUACUAAUUGCCGUGGGUGGAUCUUUGUUUAUCCUUCUUGUGAUUCUUCUUCCCAUCAUCCUUUGCUGCCUCUGUCGCAGCAAGAAAGUACAGAUAAAUAACAAUGAAAACGGUCUUCUGGUGAAAGAGCAACCAGAUGCCCCUGCUUUGGACUUGAAUGAAAUUGGUUUGGACCUUGAAUCCCAGAAUCAUCCUAGGGCCCGACCCAACAGCUACGAGGGAGUACAGCUUGAAAAGGAAUGCUGGAGCAACUUUAUACACAAAAUCAACCAAUCAGUCAGGAAGAUGUUGAAUGCCAGUCACAUGGAAAAAUCCGACAUUGUUGUAGGGACUCGGUGUAUCAAGAAAGGAAAUGAAAUACGCAUUGUAGAUGGAAGCUUUGCACACGGGACAGGGAAGCCUUAUGCUGGGCGGCCAGCAAUGUUCAAGACACUGGUCAACUCUUACAGUAAUUUUGAAACUGACUUGCUUCCUGAUUGGGUAAACACAGGACUACAGGAAUGCCUAAGAUUCCGUGAUGCCUUUGAUGAGAAUAUUCUUCAGACAAAAGGAAUCGCCACAGAUAAAGAUCGAUUUUACAUUACGUACCCAGGAUACAAGCGCAGUUUAAAAGAUUAUCUCAGUGACAAAAGUAUUGUUCCCACCAUAGCUUUGCUCCUAGAUAAAUGUGUGCAGAUCCUAGAGGGCAUUCAGUUCCUACAUAACAUAGACAUUGUACACAAAGAUCUGGCAGCCAGGAACUGUGUAGUGUGUGAUAAUGACACAGUCCAGGUAACAGACGCAGCAUUCUCCUGGAACCUGUACCCUGAGGAGUACAUGUACGACAAUCGCCGUGAGAAAUACCUUCCUGUAAGAUGGAUGGCCCCCGAGAGCCUGACAGCAGGGUUCUAUGACAAAUCUUCUGAUGUGUGGUCCUUUGGUGUACUGGUCUGGGAAGUGACGUCUUUGUGCUUGUAUCUGCCAUACCAUGAAGUCACAGAGGAUGCUAAAAUCCAGAAUCAUGUUGAUGCAGGAUUCAUACUUGGAAAACCAGAGAAUGCAACAAAUGCUUUAUAUGAUGAAGUCAUGAUGCGUUGCUGGGAUAAACAAAGUAGCCAUCGCUUGAAAGUCUCAGAGAUUGGCGACAAAUUCGAUCAAAUCCUGAAUCCCGAUUCUGCUAAUGACCCCACUGAACUUUAUGUUAAUAAUACCAGUGAACUCCAAACAGACAAUAUUUAUACAAAUUACGCAUUUCAAUAGAAAUGAUAGACCCAUCAUAAAUUAAGAAUGACUUUACACAUAGUGUAAUUAAUAUUUUUAUCCUACACAGUGUACAUAUUUUUUUGGCCUAGGGCAAGAUUUGUGAUAAUUUCAAACUUUUUUUAUCUAUGCACAAGACACAGUGACUGACUUUCCAUGAAAUAUUUUUGAUCUGUCAUUUUUUUUUUCUUUUUGUUUUAUAUUAAGCGUUUAAUAGAUAUAUUAGUUAUAGACACAUUUAUAUGUAUUUUUUAAAUAUAUUUAUGAAUUAAUAUUCUGUUUGAA